AGCAGAGCGGCGGCGGCAGCCAGCGCGAGAGCAGCGGCAGCCCGAGUUUCCACGACAGGAGCGGUGGCUGCGGCAGCCGCUCAGGGCCCGGCACCUGUGCGGAGCGGGAGUAGCAGGACGAGUGUGGGUGGGGUUGGUGCCAACCACUCAGAGCCCAAGGAGGACAGGGCAUCUCCCAGCUGGGAUUCCACUCCUGGGAACAACCUCCGGCUGACAGGGGAGGUGGUACCGAGCUGGGAACGCUGGUGCGGGAAACAUGUGCAGGAACAGCUAGAGGCCUCCGGGCAGGUCAACGUUUGGUCCAAGGGUAGAGAGGCAAGCGGUGCCUGGAUCAUGACAGCCUCCCGUCUGGACUUCGGGGAAGUGGAAACUUUCCUGGAUAGGCACCCAGAGUUGUUCGAAGAUUACUUGAUGCGGAAGGGGAAGCAGGAGAUGGUGGAGAAGUGGCUGCAGAGACACAGUCAGGGUCAGGGGGCUUCAGGCCCAAGGCCUGCUCCGGCUGGCACCGGCAACUUGGCUCACGACGGUGGCAGAACCAGCAAUACGGUUGGUGGUAGCACUGGACCAAAUGGCUCUGCCAACAGCCAGCCCAUUCCUGGUGGUGGGGACUGUGGUGGGGUUCCCCUGAGUCCAAGUUGGGCCAGUGGCACCCGGGGCAAUGGGAGCCUGCAGCGGAGAGCUUCUCAGAAAGAGCUAAGGAAGAGUUUUGCCCGCUCCAAGGCCAUCCAUGUGAACAGGACCUACGAUGAACAGGUGACCUCUCGGGCCCAGGAGCCCCUGAGCAGUGUGCGGCGGAGGGCACUUCUCCGGAAGGCCAGCUCCCUGCCCCCCACCACAGCCCACAUUCUCAGUGCCCUGCUGGAAUCAAGGGUGAAUCUGCCUCAGUACCCCCCGACGGCCAUCGACUACAAGUGCCAUCUCAAAAAGCAUAAUGAGCGUCAGUUCUUCUUGGAACUGGUCAAGGAUAUUUCCAAUGACCUUGACCUCACCAGCCUAAGCUACAAGAUCCUCAUCUUUGUUUGUCUCAUGGUGGACGCUGACCGCUGUUCUCUCUUCCUAGUGGAAGGGGCAGCUGCUGGCAAGAAGAGCUUGGUCUCCAAAUUCUUUGAUGUGCAUGCAGGAACCCCACUGCUGCCCUGCAGCAGCACAGAGAACUCAAAUGAGGUGCAGGUCCCCUGGGGCAAAGGCAUCAUUGGCUAUGUCGGGGAGCAUGGAGAAACAGUCAACAUUCCUGAUGCCUACCAGGAUCGAAGAUUCAAUGAUGAAAUUGACAAGCUAACGGGAUAUAAGACAAAAUCACUAUUGUGCAUGCCCAUCCGAAGCAGUGAUGGUGAGAUUAUUGGUGUGGCCCAGGCUAUAAAUAAGAUUCCUGAAGGUGCUCCAUUUACUGAAGAUGAUGAAAAAGUUAUGCAGAUGUAUCUUCCCUUUUGUGGAAUUGCCAUAUCUAAUGCUCAGCUCUUUGCUGCCUCAAGGAAAGAAUACGAAAGAAGCAGGGCUUUGCUAGAGGUGGUAAAUGACCUCUUUGAAGAACAGACUGACCUGGAGAAAAUUGUCAAGAAAAUAAUGCACCGGGCCCAAACUCUGUUGAAAUGUGAACGCUGUUCUGUUUUACUCCUAGAGGACAUUGAAUCACCAGUGGUGAAGUUUACCAAAUCCUUUGAAUUGAUGUCCCCAAAGUGCAGCGCUGAUGCUGAGAACAGUUUCAAAGAAAGCAUGGAAAAGUCAUCAUACUCCGACUGGCUAAUAAACAACAGCAUUGCUGAGCUGGUUGCUUCAACAGGCCUUCCUGUGAACAUCAGCGAUGCCUACCAGGAUCCGCGCUUUGAUGCUGAGGCUGACCAGAUAUCUGGUUUUCACAUAAGAUCAGUUCUCUGCGUCCCUAUUUGGAAUAGCAACCACCAAAUAAUUGGGGUGGCUCAAGUGUUGAAUAGACUUGAUGGGAAACCUUUUGAUGAUGCAGAUCAACGACUUUUUGAGGCUUUUGUUAUCUUUUGUGGCCUUGGCAUCAAUAACACCAUUAUGUAUGAUCAAGUGAAGAAGUCCUGGGCCAAGCAGUCUGUGGCUCUUGAUGUGCUAUCAUACCAUGCAACAUGUUCAAAAGCUGAAGUUGACAAGUUUAAGGCAGCCAACAUCCCUCUGGUGUCAGAACUGGCCAUUGAUGACAUUCAUUUUGAUGACUUUUCUCUCGAUGUUGAUGCCAUGAUCACAGCUGCCCUCCGGAUGUUCAUGGAGCUGGGGAUGGUGCAGAAAUUUAAAAUCGACUACGAGACACUGUGCAGGUGGCUUUUGACAGUGAGGAAGAAUUAUCGAAUGGUUCUUUACCACAACUGGAGACACGCCUUCAAUGUGUGCCAGCUCAUGUUUGCGAUGCUAACAACCGCUGGGUUUCAAGAGAUUCUGACCGAGGUGGAAAUUUUAGCGGUGAUUGUGGGAUGCCUGUGUCAUGACCUGGACCACAGGGGAACCAACAAUGCCUUCCAAGCUAAGAGCGGCUCUGCGCUGGCCCAACUCUAUGGAACCUCUGCUACCUUAGAGCAUCACCAUUUUAACCACGCUGUGAUGAUCCUUCAAAGUGAGGGCCACAACAUCUUUGCUAAUUUGUCCUCCCAGGAAUAUAGUGACCUUAUGCAGCUUUUGAAGCAGUCAAUAUUAGCAACAGACCUCACGCUGUACUUUGAGAGGAGAACUGAAUUCUUUGAACUUGUCAGUAAAGGAGAAUAUGAUUGGAGCAUCAAAAACCAUCGUGAUAUAUUUCGAUCAAUGUUAAUGACAGCCUGUGACCUUGGAGCCGUGACCAAACCGUGGGAGAUCUCCAGACAGGUGGCUGAACUUGUAACCAGUGAGUUCUUUGAACAAGGAGAUCGGGAGAGAUCAGAACUCAAACUCACUCCUUCAGCUAUUUUCGAUCGGAACCGGAAAGAUGAGCUGCCUCGGUUGCAGUUGGAGUGGAUUGAUAGCAUCUGCAUGCCUUUGUAUCAGGCUUUGGUGAAGGUCAAUGUGAAACUGAAGCCCAUGCUAGAUUCAGUGGCUGCAAACCGAAGUAAGUGGGAAGAAAUGCAUCAGAAAAGACUGCUGGUCUCAGCUGCCUCACCUACCCCUGCCAGCCCCAUGGUGGCUGAGGAGGACAGAAACUAAAGCUCUAUCCUCCCAGAGCUGCUGCAAAAUGACUGCAGCCUGAAGAAUCAGCUUCAGUCCAGCCACAUCAUCCUUUUAUUCCUUUAGCUCAGACAGACCUAAAGACUCUGGAUGUGCUGGGAAGCAUGCCUGGACUUUUUCACCUUGAAGUGUGAUCAGUAGCA